AAGACACGAUUUGCGGUAUGGGCCGAAUCUUUGACAAAUAUUUCCCCAAAAUCUUAAACGGGCUCGUCGCCUGAUAUUAUCACGCCGACCACCGCACCGUGUCAGAUCUAGGGCUCACAAUCUUCCGAUACCCUAUUUUUAACUACUGUUUCCGGCGAACCUUACUGAAACCCUAAUUCGUUCAAAGUUGGAAAUUCUGAAGCAAUAUGGGGAAGAAACAACACAGCAAAGAUCGGAUGUUCAUAACGAAGACGGAGUGGGCUACUGAGUGGGGCGGUGCAAAGUCUAAAGAGCUACGAACGCCGUUUAAACGUCUUCCGUUUUACUGUUGCGCGCUUACGUUUACUCCGUUUGAGGAUGCAGUGUGCACUAAUGAUGGCAGUGUAUUCGAUAUUAUGCACAUUAUUCCCUACAUAAGGAAGUAUGGAAGGCAUCCUGUUUCUGGAGUUCCUCUCAAACAAGAAGACCUCAUUCCACUAACCUUUCACAAGAACUCUGAAGGAGAGUAUCAUUGCCCAGUGUUGAACAAGGUGUUUACAGAGUUCACACAUAUUGUCGCUGUAAAGACUACCGGAAAUGUCUUCUCUUAUGAGGCAAUCAAAGAACUCAACCUUAAAACAAAGAACUGGAAGGAGCUUCUAACUGACGAACCCUUCAAAAGAGAAGACAUCAUUACUAUUCAGAAUCCAAACACAAUUGAUAACAAAACUCUGGUGGAUUUCGACCAUGUCAAAAAAAACUUGAAAGUUGAUGAUGAAGAGCAAAUGAAAAUGGAGUCAGAUCCAACCUACAACAUAAACGUGAAAGGUGAUAUAAAGAAGAUGCUAAAGGAGCUUAAAACCGAGAAGGGACGGGAACUUGCGUUACACGGUGGUGGUGGAAGCAAGGCUCAGACUGAAAGAGCCGCUGCACUUGCUAACAUUUUAGCUGCUAGAGAACGUAUUAAAGAUAACCCUAAAUCAGAAACUGAAGCUAAAUCUCAACAACCGGCUUUCAGUAUUGUUGAUGCUGCAUCUGCUUCUGUUCAUGGAAGAAGUGCUGCGGCUGCGAAAGCAGCUUCAAGUGAUAAAACCGCUGCUCGAAUAGCCAUGCAUAUGUCCGGUGAUCGGACACCUGUAAACGCUAAGAUGGUAAAGAGCCGUUACACAAGUGGUGCAACAUCUAGAUCGUUUACAUCUACGUCGUAUGAUCCGGUCACGAAGAAUGAGUUUGAAUACGUGAAAGUCGAGAAAAACCCGAAGAAAAAAGGCUAUGUUCAGUUGCAUACUACCCAUGGUGAUCUAAAUAUAGAACUACAUUGUGAUAUAACUCCAAGAGCAUGUGAGAACUUUAUCACUUUAUGUGAACGAGGUUAUUACAACGGGGUAGUUUUUCACAGAAACAUAAGGAACUUUAUGAUACAAGGUGGCGAUCCAACGGGGACUGGUAAAGGAGGUGAAUCUAUAUGGGGAAAGCCCUUUAAGGAUGAAGUAAACUCGAAACUGCUUCAUUCUGGAAGAGGGGUUGUUAGCAUGGCAAACAGUGGACCCCACACUAACGGCUCACAGUUUUUUAUCUUGUACAAGUCUGCAACUCAUCUAAAUUUCAAGCAUACGGUUUUUGGUGGAGUUGUAGGAGGAUUAACAACUUUGUCACUGAUGGAGAAGGUCCCUGUCGAUGAUAAUGAUCGACCUCUGGAAGAGAUAAAGAUAAUUAACGUAUCGGUAUUUGUGAAUCCUUACUCUGAACCAGAUGAAGAAGAAGAGGAAGAGGAAAAGAAGAAUGAGCCCGUAAAGGAUGAAGAGAACGAGAAGAUUGGGUCAUGGUAUAGCAAUCCGGGAACCGGAGCCGAAGCAGAAUCGUCAGGGGGCGUCGGUGUUGGCAAAUACCUGAAAGCAAGGACCACUAAGGUUGAUUCAACCACGGCACCCGAUGGUAAUAAUGCUGUUUUAAAAAAAAGAAAGUUGGGUGUAUCGACAAACGAACUUAAAGAUUUUUCCGCCUGGUAACCGGUUUCCAUUCAAGUUGGAUUCAUCUCCAACUACCAUAGGGGUAUCCAACGUUAUCGUCUUUCUGUAGCCUGACUCCCAAGUUAUAUGGGGGGUAUGGAACGAUGCCCGAUUGUAAAACCGUGUUGCACGCCUGGUCUCAUACCCCAUUACUCAUUACUCCCUUUUGAUCUUAUGUGGUUAGAAAUUACUUGGUCAAAUAUUUAGUUGCAUUUCUUACAAUUUUGUAUUUUUAACGGUGUUAUGUAUAAUAGUUUUAAAGAUUGUAUAGUGUAUUAUUACAUUCGGAUGCAUGAAAACGUGUAUGGGAUUAA